AUGGCCGGCCGGUGGAGGGACCGGGCCCAAGUGCCGGACACCAGCGAAUCAGCCGUCGCCAAAGGUUCACUAACACCCAUCAUCGGAAACGUGAAAUGGCCUGCGGAUCUGCAUGACCUUGAUAACCACCAAGUUAUUUCUGAGGUUCAUGGGACAGACGCUGGACCACUGAUCGAUCAGAUUAGGGCAAUGCUGAGAUCAAUGAACGAUGGGGACAUCAGCAUCUCAGCAUACGACACGGCUUGGGUUGCUUUGGUACCCAGGCUGGACGGCGGCGAGGGCCCCGAGUUUCCGGCCGCCGUCCAGUGGAUCGUAAACAAUCAGCUCCCGGAUGGCUCCUGGGGCGAUGCAGACUUGUUCUCCGCCUACGACCGUCUGAUAAACACGCUUGGGUGUGUUGUCACGCUCACAAAAUGGUCUCUUGAGCCUCAAAUGUGCAACAAAGGGCUCUCUUUUCUCAAUCAGAACAUGUGGAAGUUAGCGGUGGAAGACGAAGAGUCGAUGCCGAUUGGUUUCGAGCUUGCAUUCCCUUCUCUCAUUGAAAUAGCAAAGAGUUUGGGCGUUGACUUCCCGUAUGAUCACCAAGCUCUACAGGGAAUAUACUCGAGUAGAGAAAUCAAGACGAAGAGGAUUCCUAAGGAAGUGAUGCAUACAGUUCCUACAUCAAUUCUUUAUAGCCUUGAAGGAAUGCCUGGACUAGACUGGGCAAAGCUUCUAAAGCUGCAAUCAAGCGAUGGAUCCUUCUUGUUUUCUCCUGCAGCCACUGCAUAUGCUCUUAUGAAUACUGGUGACAAGAAGUGCUUCGACUAUAUUGAUAGGACAGUGAAGAAAUUCAAUGGAGGAGUGCCCAACGUCUACCCUGUGGAUCUUUUUGAGCCCAUAUGGGCUGUUGAUCGAUUGGAGCGUCUCGGGAUCUCUCGUUACUUUCAGCAAGAGAUUGAAGAAUGCAUGGACUAUGUGAACAGGCACUUUACUGAAGAAGGAAUCUGCUGGGCUAGGAACUCUGAUGUGAAGGAAGUGGAUGACACAGCUAUGGCUUUCCGACUGCUACGGCUUCAUGGAUAUAGUGUGUCACCAGAUGUGUUCAAGAACUUUGAGAAGGAUGGGGUGUUCUUUUGCGUUGUUGGGCAGUCGACUCAAGCAGUCACAGGGAUGUAUAACCUCAAUAGGGCCUCUCAGAUAAGUUUUCCAGGAGAGGAUAUUUUGCACCGUGCUGGGACUUUCUCAUAUGAGUUUCUUAGGCAAAGAGAAGCCGAAGGAGCGCUUCGUGACAAAUGGAUUAUAUCUAAGGAUCUACCUGGCGAGGUAAUAUAUACACUGGAUUUUCCUUGGUAUGGAAACUUGCCACGUGUAGAGGCAAGAGACUAUCUAGAACAGUAUGGUGGUGGUGAUGAUGUCUGGAUCGGAAAGACGCUCUACAGGAUGCCUCUUGUGAAUAACAAUGUAUAUCUUGAGUUGGCAAGAAUGGACUUCAAUUAUUGCCAAGCUCUUCAUCGGCUUGAGUGGCAAGGGCUGAAAAAAUGGUACAAUGAGAAUCGCCUUAUGGAUUUUGGAGUGGCACAAGAAGAUGUUUUGAGAGCUUAUUUUCUGGCCGCCGCUUCCAUUUAUGAACCAAGUCGUGCCACGGAGCGACUUGCAUGGGCUAGAGUGGCAAUACUUGCCAACACCAUUUCUACUCAUCUUCAUAACAAUUCAUCAUUCAGAGAAUGCUUGGAACGUUCCUUGCAUUGUCCCUAUGAAGAAAGGGAUGGAUCAGGGCUUAACACAAAUGGAAAUGAUGCUAUUCUUGUGAGGGCACUUCUGCAGCUUACUGAUUCGUUAGCACAAGAAGCGCAACCGAUUCAUGAAGGUCCAGAGUACAUCCACAAACUAUUGAGAUCAGCUUGGACUGAAUGGAUAACGGAGAAGACAAAUAUAGAAGACAACGUAUAUAAUGAAUCCAAUACUGUGAAACAAGGAUCAUGCAUGGUUCAUGACAAGCAAACAAGUUUGCUUUUAGUUCAAAUGGUUGAGAUUUGUGCUGGGCGAGUUGGUGAGGCUGCAUCAUUGAUAAACAACAAAAAUGGUGAUCGAAUUAUUCAACUCACAGGAUCUAUAUGUGACAGUCUUAACCAAAAGAUGUUACUAUCUCAGGAUCCCAAGAAGAAUGGAGAAAUAAUAAGACGUAUUGAUGAUGAAAUAAAGUUGCAUAUGCGAGAAUUUGUUCAAUAUCUUCUGAGAUUCUGUGAGAAACCCAAUAACAGCGAGACCAGGCAAACCUUUUUGAGUAUUGUGAAAAGUUGUUACUAUGCUACUCAUUGUCCACCACAUAUGGUGGAUAGACACAUUUCCAGAGUUAUUUUUGAGCCUGUUUUCCCAAAAUAG